AUGGCAUUUAAAUUGUUUCUUUUGCUGUCUUUGGCGGCCUCCAGAAUUGUGCUAGCCGAGAAAGUCGGGUAUUUUGACGAUUCGUCGGUCUGCGCUGAUCCAAAGGGUCUAAAGACAUGCUACGAAGACGCGGAUACCAGCUACGCCAGCUGCAUCAAUAACAACUGCGCUGGCGGAGACCCUGCAUGCUACAAAGCAUGCAAUGGCGAUAGUUCAUGCAUGGCUUCUCAAUGCCCAAACCUAGGUAUUGACUGUAUCAAUGUUUGCGAAUGCAUCAAGAAUGCCAAUGAGAUCGAUUGCAUGGCUGAGAGCUGCUGGAACCAGGUCUAUUCCUGCGAAUAUCAAAAAACCGGCGAAAACUUAGUCAACUUCUGCCCGAAAGUCGACCUUGAACAAAUCCCCUUCUGGCCCUUUCCCGGAAACGCGACGGGCGGCUGUUCCUGCAAUUUCGCGAAAAUCGACCUCAAAGCCACCCAGAUAAACAACCACUUGACGACGUGCGGGAAUGACGAGAAGGCAUUGGAGCAGCUUACAGCCGACGAAUUGUCCGACUAUGGCCGGGCCUGCAUUUGCUGUUCCUACAGCGCGAUUGUAUCCACCAUCUGGGACGAAUGCCCUAAUACAGAUCCGGCUGUUCUGGGAGCAGACUACUGGCUUGGACAGUUGAAGGAUGGAGAAGAUGGGGAAGCAUGUAGUACUUACAUGGAAAAAUUCCCUUGUAAGAAACUUGGUUUUGGAGAUGAGGUUGCGGGCGGUACGGAUACUUUCUACACGCCGGACAAUCUUCCUAAAAAUGGGACGGAGAAGUUGUACAAUACCGGUGGUGUUGUCUCGUCUCCUGUUAGUGGGGCUACUUUUACUUGGACUCUGGGUACUAUCGCGCGUGCAAUUACGGUGUCGUCAACGGAUAAUGUUGUGACAGCUACAGCUACAACUACGACCGGGUCAGAUAGCUCUGGAAGUUCUCAAAGCGCUGCUACAGAGACAGGAGCGAGUGCGACUUCGACUGGCUUAGCUGCUGGCUGUGAAAUACCUGCGUUGGCGAUUGUUGGGCCUGUGCUUGCUAUUGUCUACGGUCUGUAA